AUGGCGAAGAAAAACAAAGGCCAAGACUCUACAGUCACGAUCAAUGGGGUCGCAAACAGAGAUAUUUUACAACGCCUGAACUUCCUCUAUCAAGCUAGCACCUACUUGAACAGCAUCGCGCCCCACCCAACCGAUGAACCUAUCACGAACUAUAUGGGAGAACCAUUAACUUGUAAAGAGCGUAAAACUGAGAUGCGACGACAACAAAGGCAUCCUGCGACUACCUCUGACCUCUCCCGGAGCUACGUCAAGUCUAUGAAGAUCAUUGGACAGAAGGCCACGGUCCGAAUGGAUCCGAGUGUCAAACGCACGAUCUGCAAGAAAUGCAACACUGUCAUGGUAUCUGGGACUACGGCGGACGUGCGCAUACGAACAUCUCCUGUACACGGGCAUGUAGUCUGCUAUAUAUGCAAAUCAUGCUCGACGUCUCGGCGCAUUCCUGCCCCUCCUGUGCUUGAUCCCGACGCACAACUAGACAUACAGCCAUCUACCCCAACUUUGCCAGCACCUAUCGUACCCGGUCCUGAGGAAGAGCAAUCGACGGGAGACGCGAUGCAAGUGGAUACCCCCGCCCCAACGGUACCCGCCGCGGGACUGAAAGGAGUGAUCCGCAAGCCCAGAACAAAGGAGAAGAAACGGCCGAAACCACGAUUACUACCACUAUUCCAGAGGAAGGGGCAUGUUGUGUUCAGAGGAAACGAGAGACUGGAGGACGAUACAGCCACCUAG